AUGCAGACAAGCCUAUCAGCGGACAAGCUCAAUCCUCCCCUCUGGCCUCUGGCCCGAGGGAGGAGGAGCAAGCUGGGCUUCUGGACUGUGGAGGAGAUUCGGUCUGAUGGGCGGACGAAGUGGAGUCGGCUCGUCUCUUCUGCCCAGUUGUCAACUCCACACCGUCUCCAGACGUCGAUGUUGGCGACACGCGUGCCCCGUCCAUUAGGCGGCCGAAGAGACUAA